AUGGCAACGGAACCAGUGGAUAGUUUCGAUAACUCAGUUGAAGUAGCUGUAAUAAAAUCUCAGUUUGCAAACAUACAACCCUUAGUACCUUAUGAUGACACUGACGGUAGUUUAUCUGACAAUGAAAAUAUUGUUACUGGAUGCUUAACUACGGAGCAAGGACAUCGUCUCAUUCAGUCUUUAUCAAAUAGUUCAUCAUCGUCAGCUUCAUCUUUGGAUUCAUCCGAUAGUUCAUCUUCGGAGUCGUCCAAUUGUUCUCCAUCACCAGCAAAAGUAAACUUACUAACCCAUAUUACUCAGAACGUGACUGUUGAUGAACUGGACAGCGAUAGCGUUGUAGUAAAUCGUCAUCUCAGAGAGUUAAAAAGAGUUCAAAAUUAUUACACUUCUCCUUUAUGGACUGAUGAAAGUGAUGUUGACUUAAGCGAUACAGAUCCAACAUUCGUUAUCAUUGAACCUAAAAAAAAGAGAAACUACUUUUUUGAAAAUUUGAGAUCUUCUUCCACCAGUUCGGCAGAUUCCUAUCGUUUUUCUGGUAAUUAUAUUCCAAAAACGGGACGCAAACGAACUAAAAAUCCUUCCCAAUGGAAACAAAAUAAACUUAAGCGCAGGCGUAAUACAGGAAAAUCAUAUGUAUCUAUGUCGCAAACAAAAAAGACUAUAUCAGCCAGGUGUCUUAAAGAACCAUGUACAGAAAAAUGUAGACUUAAAUGCACUACAAAUAUUAAUAUAGAGUGUAGGUACGACCUUUUUAAGAAGUUUUGGGAUUUAGGUGAUUUAAGUAAACAAAGAGCAUACAUAAGUGCCACUAUGAUUGACAUUCAGCCUAAAUACAAAUAUAGCAAUGCUCAGAGACCCAGACACAACAAUAAAGCAUUUCAUUUCAUUAUGAAUCCUGAAGAGGAGUCUAUUUUAAAUGAUAAUCAACUCCAAGAUAUAAUAAAUAGAUAUGUUACGGAGCUACAGGAAAUGAAAAAUGAAGAGAUAGUUAACAAUACAGCAGAGUCCACAUAUGUUAAAAUAAAUAAUUUCUCAAUACGUGCCAAAGAAAAUAAAAUAGCAAAAGAACAAUUUUACUUAACAGUUAACUACCAAACAGAUGGAAAAGAAUAUAAAGCGAAUUUUUUUAUAAAAAUUAUUAGCAAGUUAAAUUCGCUAAUGUAUCAAAUAGCCGAAGAGACAUCUGCGUUUGAAAAAGAAAAGUUUUUCUACGAUUUAUAUGUUCCGUAUCUACGAGAAGAAGGUUUUGAUUGCGACUACAUCUGCAAAAGUUAUUUUUGUGAGUCGGAUGUUGUUGUAUUAGAAGAUCUCGAUGUAUCCGGUUAUAAAAUCUUUGAAAAAGAAAAGUAUUUGGACUUGGAUCAUUGUAGAGCCUGUUUGAAAACCAUGGCCCGACUCCAUGCCGACUGUAUCCUGUUUGAAUUAAAUAAAUCAAAAGAUCUUGAUUGGGAAUAUAAACUGGAGGAAGCAUUUCCAGAAAUAUUUGAAGAUAUGAUAUUUAUUGACCUAAAUAAAUUAAUUAUUAAACACUGUCAAAAUGUAGUAAGGGGAUUACGCAAACUCACGAGUUUUCUUCCUGAUCAUCCAAUAUCCGAUAAAGAAUUCGUUAGUGCAUUUGAUAGAGGUCUUUCAAAAAUACCUAAAGAACUCAGUGCUUACAUUAAAAACUACAGAUCAGUCAUAUCUCACGGUUGCUUAUGGGCUAAUAAGUUUCUUUUUAAGUAUGAUGGAGAUAAUAACAUAAUUUCUUGCAAAAUUGUAGAUUUUCAAACUAUAGGUAUACAGCCUCCAAUGUAUGACGUCCUCCUCUUCUUAUAUAUGAAUACAAGAAAAAGUUUUAGAGACGAAUAUCUUCAAGAUCUAUUUGACUAUUAUUAUCAGUGCUUCUCAAGUUAUAUUGAAAAAGGAGGUUAUACUGCAAGCGAAAUUGUCAGUGAGGGGGAGUUUUAUGAGACGUAUAAGAAACUGAGGUUUCUUUGCAAAGUGCAUUCAAUGAUAGAUAAAAGUUGUAUAUUAAUACCGGAUGUGAUAUAUACCAAUCAUUUAAAAAAUGCCGAAGAUUUUACAUAUUUUUUUUUCGAAGGUCGCCCAGAUAUUAUGGUUAAGCGAGCCAAAUGCAAACAUAUGUAUCUCAAAAGUUACGAUAAGUUUGUAAAAUUGACUGUUAUUUAUAUUUGUAGCAUACAAAACAAUUUACCUCAAGGUAUUUUCAAUAUUACCAAAAUUAGCAUAAAUGAACACAACAAAUGUUUCCAACUAUAUCAAAUUUGCAUUGAAACUACUGGAAAAUACAGCAUCGUCAUACAAAUAAACCACAAAUGGUCCUAA